GUGCACCUGGGGCCGGCAGAGGCCGCCGCGACCGCCUUGCUCGCCUGGCUGCACCUCCUCCUGCUGCUCGCGGCCACGGUAGCGGCCGCCUCUUGGCUGCUGUUGGGGGCCCCGGACCUCCGCUGCCCCGGGGCGCGACUCAUGGCGGCGGCGGCAGCGCGGCUCCUGCCGCGGCUGCGCGUGCGCACCGCGCCUGGCGUCGGGCCCGAGGGCGGCGCGCGGCGGCAGGCACGCGCCGACCCAGCGGCGGCGUUCAGGCGCCUGCGCUACUUGAGCCUGCGCCGGAGCUCCCUCUCAGGCCCGGUUGCCGCGGCGGCUGGCGGCGCCGGGCUCCGCGGCGGCGCCGCGUCCGUAAUGUCUCUACUUCUUUGGCCGUUGCCAGCUGCGAUUUCUCUUCGGUCUCUUAACUCUGCGGCAGGCAGACAUGAGUGCAGCGGCAGCGCUGGCGGAGAGUGCGGGGCCAGCACCCAGCAGCCCUCCGCGACAGACAGCCGGCGGCGCGCGUGCGCCGCAGGCGGCGCCGCGCUGCUGCAGUGGGUGCUGCCGCGUGCGUGUGCUGCCGCGCAGCUUGCGGGCUCGGCGCUCGCCGCGUUGGGCCUUUCGCGGUUCGCGCCGUGCGCGCCCUCACACAGGGCCUGCAGCAACGCCCACGGCAGCAAGGGCUGCAGGGUUGCACGCCCCCGCAAGCCCCCGCAGGCGCGGCCGCCGCUGCAGUCGCUCCUGCUCGCGUGCAAUGAGCUGCGUUUUGUCGACCUGACUUGCGUCGGCGGCGGCGCCGCCGCGCCGGGCGCGAUGUCGCGGCUGGUGCGUGCGCUGUGGCGCGGCGGGCACGUGCACUACAUUGCAGUAGCACAGCCGGCGAGGCUGCGGCUAGAGCGCCGCGCAAGCAGUCGACGUGGCUGCGGCAACGGCGGCAGCGGCGAUGGCGGCGGCGGGUACAGCCACGCAGAGGAUGAGGGCGGGGACCAUGACCGCGGUUCGGAUGACAGCUCGUCGGGCUGCGAAGACGAGUGCUGCCGCGCCUGGGAGGGACGGGGGAGUGGCGGCGGGCGCGCACGUGCUGGACACGGGUGGCUGCGGUGGCUCGGUCGGGGCAGCAGCAGCGGCGGAGGCAGCCGCGAAGGGACACAGGACCCAGCGUGGCGGGGGCAGCGCAGCAAGGGCACGGGCGGUGUUGCGCCACCAGCCCCGAUUUUGCUCGAGUGCUCUGGCUUUGAUGAAAUUAUUGUUCGAGAGCUGGGGUUGUGA